ACGUCAAUCCAAGAUGUCUGCGCCCAUGAACUGCGUGGGUUAAUACCAGUACAGCGAGUGCAUUCGAUUGGCGUUUUUUUUUUCGUUUUGGCACUAUUAUUUUAUGGGGGCAUUUUAAACUAGAGCUUGAUGUUUUUUACGCGGUAGCCUGAUUGUGAUAGCUUAAAUUUAGCCUGCAAUGGCGGACUUAAGUAACGUUCCAGUCAUCGAUAUCCACGAUGACAACUUUGAAGAAAUGUGGCCGUCCGUGGUGCUGGCUCUCAGGACGUCCACAUUAGUUGCACUGGAUUUGGAACUGAGUGGACUUGGUAAUAGGAAGAUGUUGACAGCUAAGUCAAUAGAUGAUCGAUAUUCUGCAUUGAGAGAAGUGGCUAGGACCAGAUCUGUACUCUCUGUAGGCAUAUCGUGCUUCAAACAGCAGCCAAGUAAUGACCUCCAAGUGACUUUUUUUGUACAAACUUACAAUAUCACACUGCUGUGCAGCGAAGAUUAUGUGGUGGAGCCAUCUAGUGUGCAGUUUCUAGUGGACCAUGGGUUUGACUUCAACAAACAGUAUUCUUUGGGUGUCUCAUACUAUAGGGGGAAUGAUAGGGCAGGAGACACAAAACUGAGGACAGUCAGGCAGCUGAUAUCAGAGCUGAUACUGAGCAGAGUUCCCAUCGCUUUCCACAAUGGAAUGGUAGACUUGAUCUAUCUCUAUCACAGCUUUUAUGCAGAACUUCCUUCAAAGCUGUCCACUUUUCUCGCAGAUCUCUCAGAGGUCUUCCCAGCAGGCAUCUACGACACAAAAUACAUCACCGAGUUCUCAGCCAGGCUGCAGGCAUCCUUCUUGGAAUAUGCUUUUAGAAAAUGCCAAAGAGACAAUGCAUUCAGUGCUUCAAAAGAAGAGAAUUAUGUACACCUCCAGUUUCCGUCCUACCCCUCCUCCUUUCAAAAUGUGAAACACAAGUAUAUUGGACUACCGGGUUUCAAAUCUGUUUGGACAUCAGAAGAGAAGAGAAAACAUGCAUCCAGUAUUUGUCAAGUCUUUGCAGCUCAUGGUUGGUGUCCUUCACUGAGAAAAUGUCAGAAAUCCCACAACAUUGACUUAAUACUGGACUGUGAGGAAGAAAGGCGAGGGAAAAAGAGAAGAAGAAAAAGGCAGAAAGGUCAAGCUGCUUCCAUGGAAGCUGAGAGACAUACAGAUGACUGUGAUCAAAGUGAUGCAAACAGUGCAGAUGUUGACAUGGAGUCAAGCCAUGUUCUAUCCAAAUGCACCAAAUCCCAGAAAGAUGGAGAAUUUCAUAAUGCAAAUGAAGCUGUGAAGCAAAUUCACUCCAGUUCUGUUCAUAAUAAAGAUACUUUACCAUCUUCUAAACAAGAUAGCCCAAGUAGCCUGACUGCCAGUCAUUUAGAAGGUGGAACUCCUUUAAGCCAAUCACAGUCCAACUCAGGUGGACACAGGGCUGGAUUUGAUGCCUUUAUGACUGGUUUUGUGCUAGCAAAAUAUGUUGUCCAGUAUGGCAAUACUUUACAUACUGAUGAAGUUUACAAGAUUGGUAAUUUUGGGAUGGACAGUUUUGCAAAUAAGCUGCCACUUAGUGGUAAAGACAUUCCUUUACAGGUUACAAAGAGUUCUUUUGCAAAGACAUCCAAAAACCAUCAACAGAAAAUGGAACUUUUGCAGAAACACAAGGAGAGUACCACUUGAGCAGUUAGUUUGAAUACAGGAAUGUUUUAAUUCAAAAUUUUAAUUGACCAGUAUAUUAGACUUUAUCUAUAUAUGAGCAUAAACUUUUGAUUCACCAGCCUUUUAAUAAAUAUCAAGUUGAGUUGA